CUUGCAGAUGAAGUGCGCACAGGGACCUACCGGCAGCUCUUCCACCCCGAGCAGCUCAUCACGGGCAAGGAGGAUGCGGCCAACAACUACGCGCGGGGCCACUACACCAUCGGCAAGGAGAUCAUCGACCUGGUGCUCGACCGCAUCCGCAAGCUGGCUGACCAGUGCACAGGCCUGCAGGGCUUCCUGGUCUUCCACAGCUUUGGCGGUGGCACCGGCUCCGGUUUCACCUCCCUGCUCAUGGAGCGCCUCUCCGUUGACUAUGGCAAGAAGUCCAAGCUGGAGUUCUCCAUCUACCCGGCCCCACAAGUGUCCACGGCUGUGGUGGAGCCCUACAACUCCAUCCUCACCACCCACACCACCCUGGAGCACUCCGACUGUGCCUUCAUGGUGGACAACGAGGCCAUCUAUGACAUCUGCCGCAGGAACCUCGAUAUCGAGCGUCCCACCUACACCAACCUCAAUAGGUUGAUAGGCCAGAUUGUGUCCUCCAUCACUGCGUCCCUGCGCUUUGAUGGGGCCCUGAAUGUCGAUCUCACUGAGUUCCAGACCAACCUGGUGCCCUAUCCCCGCAUCCACUUCCCCCUGGCCACCUACGCGCCCGUCAUCUCUGCCGAGAAAGCGUACCAUGAGCAGCUCUCUGUGGCCGAGAUCACCAAUGCCUGCUUCGAGCCGGCCAACCAGAUGGUCAAGUGUGACCCUCGCCACGGCAAGUACAUGGCCUGCUGCCUGCUGUACCGUGGGGACGUGGUGCCCAAAGAUGUCAACGCCGCCAUCGCCACCAUCAAGACCAAGCGCAGCAUCCAGUUUGUGGACUGGUGCCCCACGGGCUUCAAGGUGGGCAUCAACUACCAGCCGCCCACGGUGGUCCCUGGCGGGGACCUGGCCAAGGUGCAGCGCGCCGUGUGCAUGCUGAGCAACACAACGGCCAUCGCCGAGGCCUGGGCCCGCCUGGACCACAAGUUCGACCUGAUGUACGCCAAGCGUGCCUUCGUGCACUGGUACGUGGGCGAGGGCAUGGAGGAAGGCGAGUUCUCGGAGGCCCGUGAAGACAUGGCAGCCCUGGAGAAGGAUUACGAGGAGGUGGGGGUAGACUCGGUGGAGGGCGAGGGUGAGGAGGAAGGUGAGGAAUACUAGCCCCACCAUGCUGCUCUCGCGG